GAGGGACUCCGAAGAGAAAAGGUCCAAAAUCUCACACAAUAAUAACUUUGGUCUACCUUCGACCCCAUAACUGGUCUCGCUUCAAACAAAGUACCUAGGUACCGCAUUGCAACGCGAUGUCUUCUACCAACAGCACCGUAGUCGAGCAAGUCGACAAAGACAUUGAACUAGCUCGACUAGUCAAAAAGGACUCUGAGCUCCCUCAGCCGGCUACCGAUCCCACUCCACCUUCGCUGCAAGUGGUCAGCACCGAUUCGACGCUACCUACGCCUCUCCCGCCACUAGGUGCCUACACUCUACCUUCGGCCAUCGACCACGAUCUCGAAGCCAAUAACAACGACAGCAUCAACAUCAACAAUCAAACACCAACCUCAAGGACCAGAGCUACCCUCCCAACCAGGCUCACCGAGCAAGUGUGGUUCCUUCAUGUUGAAAGGCAUGCCCCUUUCAUCGGACUCGUUGUUGGCAAUGCUGCAUUUGGUGCUACCUGUGUUGGGAUUGUCGUUGCCAUCACCGUUGCGGUCGCUAAGUGAGCCCCACGGAGCAGGUGUGAGGGAAACAAACUGGAGAGGCGGGAAAUACAUAGGAGAAAAGCAACGGAGAAUUACUGGAGUUGUUCUUUUGGGAGUGUUUUGAUGUACGUUAGCGUUCCAUGAAGAAAGACCAGUGAGAUACCCAAUGAACCAUUUUCGCGACAGAAAAGACUUCAAUUAAGGGGCGUGUAUCUCUUUCAGUCUGCAGCUCCUGGCGUUCAGCCUUGAACUUUAUGUCAAUGUACUCAUCGUGCGUGCCUACCACUUUGCAACGUGAGUCUUUUCCGUGCGAACAGUGUACGGGAAGUUCAGCGAAGAUCACGAACAGUCAAUGAUGUAUGCGCAGCCC